GUGACUCGGCACUGUGAUCCCCGGGAGAAGAGUCCGCGGUCGCCACCUCUUCGGUCCAGGCCUCGGCCUUCCUUAAGCCUCUCUUUUUCCACUCCCGCGCUUUCUUCUCCUUCAGUUUUGAAGCCGAAGGCGUCGCGGCCGCCCUGCCGGGCUGUCUGUGAGAAUGGUGGGAGUGAAGCCGGUCGGAAGCGAUCCGGAUUUCCAGCCGGAGCUGAGCGGCGCGGGCUCCAGACUCGCGGUGGUCAAGUUCACCAUGCGAGGGUGUGGACCAUGUCUAAGGAUUGCCCCAGCAUUCAGUUCUAUGAGUAAUAAAUAUCCACAGGCUGUUUUCUUGGAAGUAGACGUACAUCAGUGUCAGGGAACAGCUGCCACCAACAAUAUAUCGGCAACACCUACAUUUUUGUUUUUUCGAAACAAAGUGAGAAUUGAUCAAUAUCAAGGAGCAGAUGCUGUGGGAUUAGAAGAAAAAAUCAAGCAGCACUUAGAAAAUGACCCUGGAAGCAAUGAGGACACGGAUAUUCCAAAAGGCUAUAUGGAUUUAAUGCCUUUUAUUAACAAAGCUGGUUGUGAAUGCCUUAAUGAAAGUGAUGAGCAUGGGUUUGACAACUGUUUACGAAAAGACAUGACCUUCUUGGAAUCUGACUGUGAUGAACAGCUCCUUAUUACUGUGGCAUUCAAUCAACCAGUUAAGCUUUAUUCCAUGAAAUUUCAAGGGCCAGAUAAUGGUCAGGGUCCUAAAUAUGUAAAAAUUUUUAUCAACUUACCCCGAUCCAUGGAUUUUGAAGAGGCAGAGAGAAGUGAACCAACUCAAGCUUUGGAGCUGACAGAGGAUGAUAUUAAAGAAGAUGGCAUUGUUCCUCUUCGUUACGUUAAGUUUCAGAAUGUUAACAGUGUAACUAUAUUUGUUCAGUCUAAUCAAGGUGAAGAAGAAACAACAAGAAUUUCAUAUUUUACUUUUAUUGGUACUCCAGUCCAGGCCACAAACAUGAAUGACUUCAAACGAAGAGUACAUAUUGGCAAGUUGAGAGUUAUCAACCUGUGAAACAGUAGUUGGCAAAAAAGGAGAAAGCCACUAAGAUACAGAAGACACUGGAAGACCUAUUGCAAUCAGAUUUGCAGCUCCUGGAUAAUUGUUUGAUUCUCUCCAGAAACUGUCAAUGUUUCAUUCAUUGCCAUUACCAAUAAAUCAUUGCUUUUGUUCAGAUGGUAUCACUAGUGUUUCUAUUGUAAUCUUGAUACAUGCAGUUGUAAAUAAAAGUCAUUACUUUUGCCAAGCUUAAAUUCUGUCAUUAUGCAUAAAUAUUUUCUCUUACUUUUUGUUUGAAUAUUUGCCAGCUUCUGAUUUUAGAAGAGACUUAAGUAUGUGGUAGCAUAUUGUUUGAAAAGCUAAUUUCUGUCUUCAGAGGAUCAAACUUUUGUAAGGAAUUAAGGAGUACUUGUGUACAUGUACAUGAAAAACGACUGUGAUAAAUGGACUAGGGAUAGCUAACCAUGCUCAAACAAUUAUCUGGUCUAUAUAGAACUUACUCAUAUUAUAACUGCCAGAAAUAAACAGGUUCAGUAAGAUUUAAGUACUCUUACGUAAAGCUAUUAGUUAAUUGGUCUACAAGUUCUCAUACCAAGAUUUUAAUCUGGUCUAGAUAAAACUUAAUUUGAGUCAGACAUUUUCCUUGCUAAUAGAGGAAUAUUUAAUUCAGACAAUUAGGAAAAGUACAGUACAGUACAUUUAACAAUAGAAAUUAUUAACUUUAAUCCAGUAUUAUCUGAAUUACAUGCAGAGUAUAUCUAUACAGAGAUCAUGAUUUAAGGUUUUGAAAAUGAGUUGGCAAAAAGUUUAUGUUUAAAAGAUGUUUCACAUAAAGCUGGCUAAAUAAAAUAUUUGUACUUUAUUGUUUUGAU